ACCGUUCUCGAACUGCCUGCCCCUUCUCUUUCUCUCUCUUCUUUUUACCCUUUUCUUUUCUGUCUUUAACCCUUGAUAUGCCUCUGGACCUUCCUCUGCCUCUUCGUCUUCCUCUCACACUCUAUUUUUUCCAUUGCCCAUCUUCCUUUCACACUACGUUUUUGUUUGUGCUCAUUGUCCCCCCUUGUACGGCUCCUCCGGACUAGUGAUUUUUCCCACUCUUUUUGGUCGCUUUGAAAUCUUUAAUGGCUGAAACAGAAUACACUGUGGUCUCUGACAGUGAAACAAGUGGGGAGGACAAGCAGCAGCUGCCAUCCGUCCUUGAUGCUGCCAUUGGCCUUGAUGUUGGGACCUACCAAUGCAGUGCCAUAUGGAAUGGUUCAAAUAUUGAACUCCUCAAGAACACCCGAAACCAAAAGCUUAUGUGUUCAUAUGUCCUCUAAGAUGAUGUCCCCUCUGCUGGUUUAAGCGAGGAGCAGGCUUAUCCUGGGCUUGAAAUCCUUUCAGGCCGAUCAAUAUUCAACAUGAAACGCUUAGUUGGAAGAAUUGACACUGACCCAGUUGUUCACUCAAGUAAAUCUCUUCGCUUUUUGGUCCAAACCCUAGAUAUCGGGGCCCAGCCCCCCAUAGCAGGCUUGGUAAAUAAUGUAUGGAGAUCCACUAGCCCCGAAGAGGUGCUUGCUAUCUUUCAGGUGGAGCUUAGGGUUAUGGCUGAAGUCCAGCUUAAGAGGCCAGUUAGAAACGUGGUAUUAACGACCCCUGUAUCGUUUAGCCAGUUUCAGCAUACACAUCUCGAGCGUGCUUGUGCUAUGGCAGGGUUGCAUGUUGUCAGGCUGAUGCCAGAACCAACGGCUGCAGCACUUUUAUAUGCACAACAGCAACAACAGGUUUUGCAUUGUAACAUGGGAAGUGGGACUGAAAAAGUUGCCCUUAUUUUCAAUAUAGGUGCAGGGUAUUGUGAUGUGGCUGUAACUGCUACAGCAGGCGGGGUUUCUCAGAUUAAGGCUCUUUCAGGUGCAGCCAUUGGUGGUGAGGAUAUUCUCCAGAAUGUCAUGCACCAUCUGGUCCCAGACAUGGAUAAGCUUUAUGCUAUUCAUGGCUUGAAUGAGAUAAAGGCAAUGGCGGUACUUAGAAUUGCCACUCAAGAUGCAAUUCAUACUCUCUCUACAAAAACCAAUGCCUCCAUUGAUGUUCACUUGGGCAAUGUGAAGAUUAGCAAAGUAUUGGGCCGUGAAGAAUUUGAAAAAGUGAACGAUAAGGUGUUUGAGAAGUGUGAGAGUCUAGUGAUGCAGUGCUUGCAUGAUGCCAAAGUUGAAGCCGAUGGGGUUAGUGAUGUGAUACUUGUUGGGGGGUGUUCUAAUAUUCCUAAACUGAGAAACUUGGUCUUGGCUUUGUGUGAGAGAGAGAAUGCAUACGAGGGGAUGGACCCAUUGGAGGCUGCAGUUCGUGGAGCUGCUUUAGAGGGGGCAGUGGCCUCAGGGAUCAGUGACCCAUUGGGUAACUUAGACUUGUUAACAAUUCAAGCCACUCCUUUGAGCCUUGGCAUUCGGGUCGAUGGCGACAAUUUCAUGCCCAUCAUACAUAGGAAUGCCACUAGACUGGCGAGAAAAGACAUGGCCUUCACAACUGCACAUGACAACCAAACAGAGGCUUUGAUUCUUGUCGAUGAAGGAGAGGGGAAGGUGGUGGAAGAAAACCAUUUAUUGGGUUUCUUUAAGAUUACAGGAAUUCCUCCUGCUCCAAAGGGUUCACCCGAGAUCAACGUAUGCAUGGAUGUGGAUGCAUCAAAUGUGUUGAGAGUCAUGACAGGUGUAACAUUACCUGGUACGAAGGCCCCUGUUGGGCCAUUCAUGGAGGUGACGAUGACUACUGUUGACCAAGGUGAGGAUGCCUGCAAUGAGGUCGGUAGGUGAGGAUGCCUACUGUUGACCAAGAUGAGGAUGCCUACUGUUGACCAAGAUGAGGAUUGGGCCAUUCAUGGAGGUGAGGAUGCCUACUGUUGACCAAGGUGAGGAUGCCUACCGUUGAUGAUGGUCAUGGAUGGUGCAAUGAGGUCGAUACGAAGGCCCCUGUUGGGGCAUUCAUGGAGGUGAGGAUGCCUACUGUUGACCACCAAAUCUAUGCAAUUGGCUUCAAAACCACCAAAUUCCUGCGUGAAAAAGGGAUCCAACAUCAAACAACAGCACUAAACCUGGACAAGACGUCUAUCCAAGCUGCCUCUAAAAACUCGUUUUUUUGGAGAUGGUAGGAGAGGGUUUUUCAUGACAACAAAGGCGAGCCAGUUGGCCAUUUUGAGCAGUGAUUAAUGGGAAAGUCUCUCAUUUUUCAGCACUUCUAAGCAGAGGUUGGUGGAGCUCAGCCAUUUUUUAAGUACCGCUACUUUUCAGCAGAGGUUGGUGGAGCUCCGCCAAAUUUGGUGGAGGAAGUGGCAAAGAUCGCCAUUUUUCAGCACCACCAUUUUUCAGCAGAGGUUGGUGGAGGAAGGAGAAAAGGAGCGAAGCUUUUAGAGAGACAGGUUUACCUGUUUGGGAGGGAAGACUGAGGGAGGAAGAGAGAAAAAGGUUGGAGAAAAGGAGGGUACAGUGUUUUUUAUUGGUGGGAAGGAGGGGCAAGGGCAUAGUUAGAAAUCUGGCUGAAGCGGUUAACGGGUAAGAGGGGAGAUGUGGUCUUGAGAUUGUGACUUGAUCCAAUGGUAAAGAUCUAAAUCACUUUAAAAUUAUGUAUUGAAAAUACAUAUAAUCAUUCCUCAAUAUAAAGUGUUUAUGCC